ACGCUUUGGGGGUUUCUAAUUAUGUGGACACAGAAUCCAGGGCGUCCAGGUUCAAGUUAAGGAUCGUGGACGACAAUUUAAAGACGCUAACGAACACAUUUUUUUUCAAGCAUUUGAGACAUACGAAGAAAGAAACCAUUAAACUUGGGAGUUAUGUCUCGCCGAAGAAGCCGCAGCUCAUCACCAGGGCGUUAUUCACGCUCCUGCAGCAGUAAUGAUCCCCGAGAUUUGGAGAGAAGAAUUUUUGUUGGGAACUUGCCGACUUCCGACAUGGAAAAGAAGGAUUUGGAAGACCUGUUCACCCCGUACGGGAAGAUAGUCGGCGUAUCCAUGUUUCGUGGGUUUGGAUUUGUACAAUUUGAACGCAUUGAGGAAGCCGAAGCUGCAAAGGCUGCCCAAAAGGGUCGAAUAUAUAAAGGUUAUAAAAUAGAUGUAAAUAUGGCAGUGGAGCGACGGCAAGCUAAACCUCAAUCCCAGCAGAGCCCUCCACGAAGGGCCCCGUAUAGCACUUAUGGGGACAGCAAAGAUCCUCGGCCUCGGUCACGUUCACCUGUUUACGGGCGUGAUGGACGUGAGCCUCGGGACAGCCGUGAAGGGAGGGACCCAAGUAGAGAGCCGCGGCCAGGUAGCCACUCUCGUGACAGCGAUUAUCGGUACCGAAGCUCAGAGAGCAGAGACAAGGACCUCAGAGGUGAUUCACGGGAUCCUGCAUACAGCAGAAGUGACUAUGACCGAUACUACCGCAGUGGCAGUGGUGCUGAAGACUACUACCGGAGGAAGGAUGAACCCUACAGGGACCCUUACAGAGAUCCCUGGAACGGACGGCGUGAACCAGAGGAUGAUCGUGCUCGACCAGAAGAGCGUCGGCGUAAUGAAUUGUAUCGACAGUACUAUGAAGAACUCCAGCGGCGCUACGACACCGACCGUCCUGUUGACUGCUCUGUGAUUGUCGUCAACAAGGCACAAAAGUGUGUGUGUGUGUCUGCCCGUGUGUGCUUGUGCUUCAAAAACAACUGUAGGGAGUAUGCUGAGACGGUCGGGCGGAAAGUCCGUGAUUUGGGGAUGGUGGUGGAUCUGAUCUUCCUCAACACAGAAGUGUCACUAACCCAGGCACUGGAGGAUGUAGGCAGAGCCCGCACUCCCUUUGCCAUCAUCAUUACCCAGCAGCACCAAGUCCACCGGUCCUGCACUGUCAACAUCCUGUUCGGCACACCGCAAGAGCAUCGAAACAUGCCGAUGCAGGAUGCUAUGAUGCUGGUUGCCCACAACUACGACACCUACAAAGUUGAAAACCGGGAAAAAGAGCGCGAGGAGAUCGCCAGAAAGGCUGCCAAGAUGGCGGAUGAUGUGUUACUCAGGGAGGCUGACAGAGAGAGCCACCCCAUUUCAGUGCUCACCACUGUCACACUGCUGUCUGAAAACAGAUUUAUAACCCCAGAGGAACUGGAUGGCCUCAUUGCGUACCUGAAGGACAAAAGAGCCCGGCUUCUACGAAGCGCUGCAGAACCUCUUACAGCUGCAGUCCAUGUUGCAGCUCCUGCGGCAGCACACCACGACAUUACAGCCUCUGCUGUGGGACUGCCUCCUCCAUCGCAUUCUGCUCACGCCCCCCAACAGUCCAGCCACCUCGGCCUAUCAGCUGGUCCCAGUGCUCCAGCUAACCCCAGCCAUCAGCAGGACUUGCAGGCUAAAAUCCUGAGCCUGUUCAACAGCGGGGUGUCAGCAGGCGCUGGUGGUCUGUCUGGCGCCUCCCAGUCGCAGGGCUAUGGCUCUCUUGGUCAGCACUCUUCCCAGAAUCCACCCCGCCAAGCCAUGCCUGGCCUCCCAUCUGGAUCCCAGGGUUAUGGUACCCCACCAGGCCGCAUUCAAGUUGCACCAGGUGGUCCAAGAGCCCCCACUUCUGCUUCAGGUAUCAAUUUUGACAACCCAAGUGUACAGAAAGCUCUGGACACGCUCAUUCAGAGCGGACCAUCUCUCAACCACCCGAUGGGCACCGGCACCUCUCAGCAGCCACCUCCUAGGGCAGCACCUGGCAUGGGCCAGGUCCCGCCUAUGUCCAUGUAUCCUCGACAUUACUGAUUACUUCUCCUAAUGUGAACUGGAACCACUCGGCCCAUUUUAGAUUUCCAAGGGGCAAUAUGAAGUGAGCAGACCGAAAUGCUUCCAGACGCAGUUGGAUUGACCUACAACCAAUCAGAGCAACGAAACAUGUGAUGUAGCAUAUUUGGUAAAUUAAUUCAUACAAAUCCAACAGCUGUUUGUUCCUUUAGAGAAAAUGUCCCUUCCAGUUUGUUUAAUGACAUAAAUAGAUAACGCAUCAAUAGUCUGUGCAGUGAAUUUACCAGGUAUAUGUAAGUAGAUGGUAGACAGAUGUUUUGUAAAAGCUUUUAAGAUUUUAUUUCAUUCAGCUAAUUGAAUUUGACAACUUGUCCAGACCACCUACAGUUCUGUAUUUUAACCAGCUAGAAGAUCAAUAUUCAUUCUUCUUACAUGUGAGUUAAACUAUACAGUUUGAUGUGUGUGAAGUAUAUUUUGGUUUAUGAUGAACUUUUUCAUUGAAGAUCUGUUGUUUUAUAGUUUCUUUUAAAUUUAUAACAUUUCCAUUGUCAAAACAAGAAAUGAUUAAAAACUCAAGACACAA